GUCUAGUUGCGCCAUGUGACCGAUCUCAUCACCCUCUCUCGUCCUCCACCUCCUCCUUGCCAUUAUUAAAGGCUUCUCACAGCGUCACUCACUUCCCCCUUUCACAUACAAAAUUCUGUAUCACUCUUUAUUACACACACACACACACACACUCACCCACUCUCUCUCUCUCUAAAAUCGUAGAUCCAGUCGUUGGGGUUGGGGGGCUCUGAAUCUUAGAAGGGCCUAUUAGAUCUGCGGAGCAAGAAAGACAGGGAUUGCAGAGCAUGGCUCCACUUCAGUACAACAGUUUCACCAAUCUACUUCUUCUGUACUCUGCCCUCUUCCUUUUCACUUCUCUCCCAAUUGUUUUAGCUCAGCCCCUGAGCCAUGGCGACUCCUCCCUGGCCACGAGAAGACUGCUGCUGGAGCUUCAGAAAGAAUCUCAAUCCUCCAUCAAGAAGAAAUCCAGCACCAACACCACUCUCUCAUCCCCCCAAAACCAAACCAAACUCAUCAAAUCCACCUCCACUUCCCCCCAAAACCAAACCAAAUUGAUCAAAACCACUGCUUCUUCCCCCCAAAACCAGUCUAAACUCAUCAAGCUCGCCUCAGAGACGGCCAAGAACAAGACCAAGCUCGUCCAAUCCGCCAAAGAUGCAAACCAAGAAAAGGCCAACCUUAAUAAAGCUCAGCUCAAGAAGCUCAACUCCACCGUCAAAUCCUCAAAUUCGACCAAGGUCAGUUCAAAUCUAGCCAAGAAGACACCGGAUCUAAUCAAGCAGAUCUCGCCCAAGAACAAGACGACCAAACCCAUUACAUCAAAACCUUCCCAAACUCAGUUGGACAAAAAGCUUUCCGAGCAGCUCAAAUCCAAAAACCCAGAAAAACCGAAACCCAAUCCAACAAAGACCCAGAAGCCUACGCAACCCAGCUGGGCAGACCAAGAUGAUGAAGACGACUUGGUCGCAGAGUUCAGGGAUCUAACCUCCAAAUUCCAGGAAACACUGUUGCCAGAUUUGGAGAGAAUUUCAACUACUUCCAAAGUUUACCUCACCAGAGCAAACAAGGAGAUCACAAAGGGGUUCAAGCCCAUUGUGGGCACCAAAUACGCCGCCACCGUCGCUUCCACAGUCUCCUUCGCCUUCAUCGUAAUCCCCUUGAUCUUAGUCUCUCUCAUAUUCCAUCGAAUCAAAGCCUAUUUCUCGCUGCAGAAGCUCCUCAUCUUCAUCCAAGUUUACCUCGCCAUAUACUUCUCGAUCCUGUGCCUGUCUUCGGUGGUGACGGGCUUGGAGCCGCUGAAGUUUUUCUACGCUACGUCGUGGUCCACGUACGUGUGCGUGCAGGUGCUGCAGACGCUGGCGUAUGUGUUGUACCUCCUGCUGCUGCUGAUGUACCUGGUGCUGGUAUUCUCGACGGAGACUGGGCCGGCCUCGAAGAUGUUGGGCCUGGGCCAGACUUUUGUGGGCUUUGCUGUCGGGCUGCAUUACUACGUGGCGGUUUUUCACAGGGUGGUGCUGCACCAGCCGCCCAAGACCAGCUGGAAGGUUCACGCCAUGUAUGCCACGUGUUUCGUCGUGAUUUGUCUGUUAGCCAGGGCCGACCGCAGGAAGAAGGCUUACUUGGAAGACGGUGGCGAGGAAGGCAAGAAGAGCUGAUUUUGCUUUUCUUUCUUUUAUAUUUUUUUUUAAUCUUUAUUUGGGUUAUGAUUUCGACAGAAGCGAGAAAUUUCGCUCUUUCCUUUGUUUUUCUUUUUUCAUUUUUUGGCAAUUUGCAUGCUAUAAAAAAAUGAAAUAAUUAUGAAUAAAAUAGAAAUGUUUAAUCUCA